CCAGAAUUAUUUUGGGCUGAGAUUCAGAUGUUAAAAUAGCAAAAAAGGUUGCAGGGUAGAUUACCAAGGAGAACACAGACAGUUGUGCUGUCGACCUACAUGUAGCUGUUGUACAGAGAGGCCAUGAAAAGCAACGUUUCCAACCAAGAUGAACCACAUCUGAAAGGCUAAAGAGGGAAGUGUAAUUCAUAAAACCACCAAGAAGAGGCCCAGAGGAGGUUGUAAAAGCAGAAGUGGAGAAUUCAGACAUGCCCAGAGGCCUCAGCUGCCUGGCGAGCCCUGAGGGGGCAGAAGGCAGGUAUGAAACCCCCCCAGCUUCAGAGCUCCAGAGGCUGAUGUGGACAAAAAAAGGGACCAGUAACCAUCUGGAUGAGGUUCAUCCCGGGAUCUACAUCGGAGACAUGUACGCGGCCAAAGACAAAAGGACUCUCCAGGCUCAUCGCAUCACCCACGUGCUUAACGCAGCUGAUGGGAAGUUCAAUGUGAACACAGGGCCCAGCUUCUACCGAGACACCACCAUCACUUAUCAUGGAGUCGAAGCUUUUGACAUGCCAUCCUUUGACUUGAGUCCCUUCUUUUACCCAGCGGCCAAUUUCAUCAAGAGCGCUUUGAGCUCUCCCACAGGUAAAGUCUUCGUCCACUGUGCAAUGGGCCUCAGCCGCUCAUCCACCUUGGUUCUGGCUUACCUGAUGAUCCAUGAGAACAUGACACUGGUGGAUGCCAUCAAAGCUGUGGGCGCCAACAGGAACAUUUGUCCCAAUAACGGGUUCUUGGAGCAGCUCCGAGCACUGGACACAAAGCUCCACUGCCAGGGAUUAUCCAGGAGCUUCAACGGGCGGACGUAAAAAUAAAAUCCUUCAGUCCAUA